CGCGGCGUGGGCAGGGCAGGCGGAGUGAUGGAUCCAGGUACUGCGGAUGUUCUGCCUUCCAUUUAUUAAACUGCUUUCGUAGUUUAGGAAACGAAACAGUGACUUUUUUCUUCAGACUUAGUCUGAAAUACGUGUUUUCAUCGAUAUUUAUGGGCAGAAAUAUAUUCGUGGAAUGGAAAAAAAAAAUCCACCCUGUUGCACCUGUCAUUUAACGGUUUGUGAACAGCGGAUAUAUGGUUUGGGAAAGACUUAAGGUAUUAAGUCAUAAAACGGGUACUUGUUUUGAGGAGGUACAAUGGACGACAUGAAAAAGGUUGCUAACAGCUCUUGCAAUGAUGGAGUUCUACUUAGAAUGGGCCUUAAUGAUAACAAAGCUGGAAUGGAGGGUUUGGAUAAGGAGAAAAUCAAUAAAAUCAUCAUGGAAGCUACCAAGGGUUCUAAAUUUUAUGAAAAUGAACUUAAGAAAGAUCAACAAGUUAACCAACGAAUUGAAAAAAUGAUGCAGCUAAAAGAGAAAAUUACAGCACAACAGCUCUUGAAAGCACAGCUGCAGGUGGACAAACUUGUAAUGGAACUGGAACAGAACCGUAACCUUAGCAAUACAAUUGUACACAUUGACAUGGAUGCCUUCUAUGCAGCUGUGGAAAUGAGAGACAAUCCAGAGCUGAAGGAAAAACCUAUAGCAGUGGGAUCAAUGAGUAUGUUGUCUACCUCAAAUUACCAUGCUAGGAGAUUCGGUGUGCGUGCAGCCAUGCCUGGAUUUAUUGCUAAAAGGCUGUGUCCCCAUCUAACUAUAGUACCACUAAACUUUGAGAAAUACGGCAAAGUGAGUAAAGAGGUUAGAGAAAUACUGGUUGAAUAUGAUCCCAAUUUUAUGCCUAUGGGCCUAGACGAAGCCUACCUGAACAUAACAGAGCACUUGGAGGAAAGGCUGAACUGGCCUGAAGAUAGGAGAAGGUUCUUUUUUAAUAGAGAAAGCACUACAGGAAUAGAUAAAGAUGGUAUGAAUAUGUCUGCCAAAUUUAACAAAGCUGAAGUCUCUUCUUCACCAGUACUGUUUGAAGACGAGACAUCUCUGAUGGAUGACAACCUUGAACAAAGAGGUCCAUCAGUGGAAAACUCAGUUGUCUUUGGAACUUCUGCAGAGGAAGUUGUGAAGGAAAUUCGCUUUAGGAUUGAGCAGAAAACUCAACUGACUGCUAGUGCAGGAAUAGCACCAAAUACAAUGCUAGCAAAAAUGUGCAGUGAUCGUAAUAAACCUAACGGCCAAUACAGAAUUUCUCCUGAGAGACUAGCAGUGCUAGACUUCCUAAAAGAUUUGCCCAUUAGAAAGGUGCCAGGUAUUGGAAAAGUAACAGAGAAGAUGUUAAAAGCCCUUGGAAUUGUGACUUGCUCAGAACUUUACCACCAGAGGGCACUGCUUUCCCUUCUUUUUUCAGAAGUAUCUUGGCGUAAUUUCUUGGAUAUUUCCCUUGGUUUGGGCUCAACACACUUGGAGAAGGAUGGAGAAAGAAAAAGUAUGAGCACUGAAAGAACAUUCAGUGAAAUAAACACAGCAGAAGACCAGUACAGCUUGUGUCGAGAACUCUGCAGAGAUCUUGCUCAAGAGUUACAGAAAGAGGGACUUAAGGGUAAAACUGUUACAUUGAAGCUUAAGAAUGUCAACUUCGAAGUUAAAACAAGAGCUUCAACUGUUCUGUCUUCUGUUGCUACUGAGGAGGAAAUAUUUACUGUUGCUAAAGAUUUGUUAGGAACUGAAAUAGAUAGUGUUGCUCCUCACCCUCUACGGAUAAGACUUAUGGGUGUACGAGUAUCAGGCUUUCUAACUGAAGAAGAAAAGAAAUACCAACAAAAAAGCAUUACAAGUUUCUUAAAAUCAGGAAAAGAAAUUGGUUCUCUUAGGCUUCAGACAGAGAAGUCCAACCAAGAGUAUUUCACAAAAAAUUCACAAGCACCUCAUAGAGGGAGUUUUUUUGAUCAAAAGCGAGCAGCAAGACAAUUAAACAGAGAGAAUAUUUCUCCAAAUAAAAGCAGAGGUAAGCAGCUUUUUCAUGAUGACAAAUCACCAGAAAAUUUUGUGGAAGAAACAAAGAAAGUCACAGAUUUACAGAAUUCUAAUGUUUGUAAGAUCUUCACUUGUCCUGUUUGCUUUGAGAAGCAAAGCAGCAAUAAUUUGGAAGAACUUAAUAGACACAUUGACGAGUGCCUCAAUAGGAUGUGUGUUAAAGAUACUGUGGAGAUAUCCAAGAAUUACAGUUCAAGAGAAAAUACACCUAAUUUUCUUCCACAAUUAAAAAAUGAGUAUGUUGAUAAAUGUCAAAAAAAUAAAACAGAUCAAUUAGCAGGAACAGACCAGUCUGCAAGUGUAUCUGAGAACUCUACUAACAGCAACACAGAAAAAUUUGGUCAGAUAAUACCUGAUAAAUCUUCCAGAGAACGACAGCCUAGCAAUCUCAGUGACAUUGCUAGAAAUGUCUGUCUGAAACAGUGCCUCUUCCCCAAAAGAAUAUCACAAGACAAUGAAGAUGAUUUUGGCAAGACUGAACAUACAGAAGGAGCUAGUUCAUCCUGUUCCUUUGAAGCCAAAGAAGACACUGUUCUUGUUUGUCCAGUUUGUAAUUCAGAACAGAAAACCACCAAUCUUGUGUCAUUUAACAGACAUGUAGAUGUCUGCUUAAAUAAAGGCCUUAUCCAGGAGCUAACAGAAAAAGAAAGACUUACAAAGACUUAUAAUAUGGAAAACUUUAACAGAGCUUUCUCUGGAGAUUUAAGCAAAGGACAGCAAUGUACAAAUCCAUCACAAGGAGCAAAAAGGUCUGGACUAACAGCUUCACAGUCAGUAUCAAAAAAGGCCAAGUCAAGCAAUUCCAAAAACACAAUCAAAAUGUUUUUUAAAUGACUGUGUAUCAACAUGUUCUAUAUGAAGCAUUUCAUAGAGUUUUAUAACUGCAAGGUAAUUUAGCAUUGGCAGUAGGCUGGAUUCAGGUGCCAGUCAUUUUGGAGCCAUUAUAUAUCUGUAUAACAAGGACAUGAUGUCUGAGAUAGAAGAAGAGGUAAAAUAAAGGCUUUUUUCCUUUUCUUUCCUUUGGAGAAUAAUAUUUCUUUCAAGAAUCAAAAUUUGCUAGCACUUUGAUUUAGCCCCCUAGAACACAGUAAUCAUUAGCUAGGGUGCCCCAUUUGUACUUGAAGGCCCUCUUCUCACACCUGAAUUUGUCUUCUCUGUUGAUUUUAUUGUAAAAGUAAAAUUAUGAAAUUAACUGUGUGGUAACAAAGAAGAGUUGAGUUGCUUGAUUUCAGGUAACAAAUAUCUGUCUUUGUAGUAACACAGAAAUGUAUUAGUCUUGCAGUUACACAGGAUAGGAACAAGAACUUAGAGCACUAUCAAGCUUUCAUUGUUGCUACUGAAAAUUACUUCAGUAAGAGUUGAUCUUAAGGACUCAUGGUGAGAUACACAACGACUUCACUUAAUUAAAAAUAUGCUUAAAAAUCUAUUAAGAGAAGGAUUCCUACAGACAAUACUGUUUGAUCUUUGGCCUUUCCAAAGAGGCUGAAAACUUCUUUACAUUUUGAAGUUGUUACCAGUGAGUAGCACUAAAAUUACUCUAAAUAAAGGUUUCAUGGUGCAAUAAAAAUGAAUUAUAUGCAAAGAGAAGAUAAUGAACUUUUUUAUUGUUUAUCUAUCUUUCUCUUUAAAACUAUUUUGUAUUUCUGAAUAAAGUGUAUUCUGUGAGUGCAUAAAUGAAAAGAGGAAAUUAAGUGCAAAUAUUUAAAAUGCUCUGUUUAGAUUUUUUUCUGUUCACAUCAAAUUGUUUAAAGAUAUUUUAAUAUAAUUAAAUAUUUAUCUGACAAGUAAUUUAUUAUAACAGCAUAUUUCUUAGAAAUUAUAUGAACAGCCAAGCCCUGUAUGAAAUACAACUUGCUUUUUAACUGCAAAGUCUUUUAAAGAAGUGACUUGUAGAAGCAUCUAUUCUGUUGUUCAACUGUAUUAUUGGGAUUUGCUUCCUUUUUAAGCAAACAAAUGUAUACAUGGUAUGUCUUAGAUGCCUGAGCUCAGUUCAGAAUAUGCCCUCCUGUUUCCAGAAUUUCUGGAAUGAUUACACCAUUUCUACCUGCUUUAUUUGUCAGAUGCUGCUCUCUCAUUUGAAUUCAUGUCAGUGCUCCCUUAUCUGCUGGACUAGUUCAGACUGUAAAUUGAUUCAAUCAACUUUUUCUAAACUGAGUCAGUGACUACUCAGCAUGAGCUGUUCUGUUGACAGACAUGGGAACUUUUGGUGUGAAAGACAUAAAAGCAACUGAGGAAACAUAAGACUGCCACUGCUGUUUAGAAGGUGAACACCUAUCCCUUUUUUAGUUUGUAUCUCUGAUUCAAUAAAGUGCAGAAUCUAAGUA